AUGUUAGGGUCCAACAUUAGUGCUGCCUCCUUUUUGCUGACUGGCUUCCCAGGUCUAGAAGCAGCACAUCGCUGGAUCUCCAUCCCUUUCUUUGCAGUCUACGUCUCUGUGCUUCUUGGCAAUGGUACUCUCGUCUACCUUAUCAAGGACGACCACAGUCUCCAUGAACCCAUGUACUAUUUCCUUGCCCUGCUGGCAGGCACAGAUCUGAUGGUGACACUGACUACGAUGCCAACUGUAAUGGGAGUGUUAUGGGUGAAUCGACGGGAGAUAAGCUAUGGAGCCUGCUUCCUGCAGGCCUACUUUAUUCACUCCCUUUCCAUUGUGGAAUCGGGUGUCUUGCUGGCCAUGGCCUAUGACCGUAUCAUUGCCAUCAGCACCCCUCUGAGGUACAACUCCAUUCUUACCAAUUCCCAGGUGAUGAAGGUAGGACUGGGGGCACUGCUGAGGGGCUUUGUGUCCAUUGUGCCCCCAAUUGUGCCCCUCUAUUGGUUCCCGUAUUGCCAUUCCCAUGUUCUUUCUCAUGCUUUUUGCCUCCACCAAGAUGUCAUGAAACUCGCCUGUGCUGAUAUUACAUUUAAUCGUGUAUACCCGGUUAUUCUGGCUGCUCUGACUUUCUUCCUGGAUGCUCUGAUUAUCCUCUUUUCUCAUGUCCUAAUCCUUAAGACAGUUAGGGGUAUCACCUCUGGAGAGGAGCGAGCUAAGGCCCUCAACACUUGUGUCUCCCACAUUAGCUGUGUUCUGGUCUUUUACAUCAUGGUGAUUGGCCUGACUUUCAUCCACAGGUUUGGGAAACAUGCUCCACGUGUGGUCCACGUGACCAUGAGCUAUGUCUACUUUCUCUUUCCUCCAUUCAUGAACCCCAUUAUAUACAGCAUCAAGACCCAGCAAAUUCAGAGAGGCAUCAUUCGCCUAUUUUCUGGGCACAGUAGGGCUUGA